AUGGACCCUAACGGGACGCAGGUGGAGGCGGACUUCUCUCAGCAGGAUACCGCACGCUUGCUGAUCGUGGAGGACUCCCAGCCCGACAGCUCCUCGUCCCCAGAUGACCCCGAGCUCAGUUACCGCCACCUCCAGGCCCGCUGCCUGUCCAACCUGCAGCCUCCCUCCCACAGCCCAGUCAUGGAGCUGCUAACUGGCCCGGCAGCGCCCAAGGGCCCAGCAGGGGGCAGCGACGAACAGUCGGGACAGAGGGAGUCUCGCGCUAAAGUUGCCAUGGAAACGGCCGCGGGUCACAGGUCAGAUGAGUGGUCCGUUCACGCAGCCGAUGACCAGCCGAGACCAAAUGGACAAACCAGCGUCCUGGACACCCGCCUCGGCUCGCGCGAGGGAGGAGAGGAUGUCACGGACCUCGCGAUCAACUCCGUCAGUGCCGUCUCCUCUCAGGCUGGCCUGGAACCGCUGGAACUAUCCGAAACCCAGGAGAUGGAUCCCGUCGCCACCACUGACGAGGCGGUGGCCGGAGACAAGGCUGAGCCGGGGGAGGUGAACGUAGACAAUGUGGACCCCCACAGCAAGGAAGCGGAACCUGCUCUGGACACAGGGGAAGCCUCGGAAGCCACGAUGACUGACCAGCCUCCUGCCAGGACCUUUGCUGGCUCUUCUCCUGAGAGGUCGGAGGUGACGUCGACCGUGCCUGGCCAGUCGUGGCCGGACAAGCCGGGAGCCGGGCAGGAGGUGGUCGUACAUUUCCUGAUGCCGCGCGGACUCCGCAUCGAGGAGGCCUCUCCCAACACGGACCCCGAGCGGCACCCGGCCCACUCCACCCACGAUGCGGCUCACACAGGCGCAGACAUUCCCGUGGGAAAUAAAGAUGUCCUAGCCGCCAGCGUCGACCGGCUGGAGGUCCUUCACUUCUCUGGCCACCAGUCACUGGCUCAGGAGAGUCUCUCAGAGAGCUCCAGCGAUAUUAUCGAGCCGUCCCAGGAGACGUUCGGGCCAACUCCCAUCAUUGUUCCCAGCAGCCCGACCGAGCAGGAAGGGGUGGAGCCGAUGGAUACCUCCGCACCGCCUGCCGAUACCGCAGAGCCGGGAAGGCCGCCAUCUGAGCCGGAGGAGCCGAUGGAAAUGGAGCAGAUGCUGGCUCCCAUCGUACCGCAGGCGUCUACCCCGGUGUCGACCGCCGUGCCAGUGUUCACCGCCAGCCAGCUGGCACCAGUGCCAACGCUGCCCGAUCUAUCUCACGACAUUUUUAUUCCCACUCCAAGCCUGACGGAGAAGCCCAGCAGUGUCGCGGGGAUCGAGUCCCCACCGGCUCGAGCGGAGUGCCGGUCAAAGUCUCCGGUGCGAGAGGAGGGAGACGCGGGGACGAUGGACCGUGAGGCUCUGGGGGUGGAGCAGCCGGACGACGGGGCGGGCGAACCGUUCGAGCUGAGGUUGGCCGACAGUCAGUGGACGCAGCCCAUGGAGACGGAGGAGGAUGACGCUGAAGACGACAGCCAGGCCACGCAGGUGGCGGUGGGAUUCUCCGCGGAAAUCCAACGGGAAGGUCCGGUGCACGAGAGCCAGGCUCUCCGUCUCUGCUUGAGCGGCGAGCCCGAAUCAAAGACCUCCAGCAUCCCUGGACCUGAUGGCGGAGAUACCUCGGAAGGACCCGGGGUGGAAUCCAAAGAGAAGGAUCUUGCGGAGGAAGGGAGGAUGGGCGAAGAGUCCAAGAUGACAGAGGAGGUUCCUUGUCAGCCAGCCCUCCCGCCUCGGUCUCAAGACCCUUCUUCUCCGGGAUGUGCGGAAUUGGCCAGGGAUGAGCUGACGCCGAAGGAAGGGGUCGUCAACGAGACGCCAAUGGAUGAGGUGGUGGGGACGCCCGUGUUCCAGGGGGAGAAGCGGGAGUAUCCGAGUCCUCCUGUGCGCGGGAUCCGUCCGAACGAGGAAGCCGAUGGUGGCGGCCAUGGCGACUCUGGGGACCUCCGAGUUCCCCAAAGGCCAACGCAGUCAGGAUGUGUCCGUGAAGAGGAGCAACGUAAGGAAGAGGAGCCAAUGGAGGAGGAUGGCGGUGAACCGUCAGGCCUUGGAAUCUCCCGCCCUCCUGCCGCAAAUUCCCAAAGUUCCCAACCUGCGGCUUCCAAAGGACGGGAGGGUGGUCUUCACACCGGGGAGGAGGAACUUUCCGGGAUUCUCCUGGUCCCCGGCACGGAUCCGGGCCAGGGAGAGGAACGGAGCGGAGGGACGCAGCGGGUUUUGGGAUCCUCACCGGGUGUCCGCGCGUCGCCUUUGGGACGCCCGGAAGGUGCGGCGGCCUCCGAGGCCACGGACUUCCACACGGAGCUGGUGGUGAAGGUGCAAGCCGAAGGUCCCAGUUCCCUGGGCGGCCAAAGCGGCGCAGGUCCGCGCCAGGAGCCGGGGACGGGCACAGCUCAGAACCACCGCAGGGCGGCGGAGGAGGAGGAGGAGGAGGAGGAGGUUCAGCCGGGGCUGCCAUCUCCUGUUGACCUGUCGAUGGGAACCCCCAAGGAGCGGAGCGAGGGGGAGAUCCAGAAGCGGGAAGCGGAGGAGGUCCACUCCAACCCAUCGAUGAAGAGCCUCUUGGACGGUUCUGGUGACGUCCCGUUCCACUUCACGCUACCCAAGGACGACGACACCAUCAGCAGCACCACCCCUCCCCUGGUUGGCAAGUUGAAGCAAGGCCCACGCCAUAGCACCCCGAUCGAGCCUGAAGGCCGUGGCGCGGAGACGGGUGAAGUGACACCAGGGAGCGCCAUGACAACUAGCGGGGUCACAGCAGACGGCAGCCAGCGUCUCCCUCCGAGCCCGGGCUCCCUGGCCGAUGGCAAGCUGUGCCUGCGCAUGGGGCUGGAGACCCCCGUUCCCGAGGAAGAAGACCACUCGGGCCUCUUCAGCCUGGAAAAGCCUGUGUUGCCAGGGGAGUCCACGUCUGCCUCGGAGGCUGUUGCAGUUGCCAGUGCUGUGAAGAGCCGCUCGGUGUUCAGUCGUGUGUGCGAGGCUCGGCGUGAGACGGAGGCGAGAGAACCGGGGGAACCCACGGCCCUGUUUCGCCUCCCGAGCUCAGAGGGGGAGUCCGAGGAGGUUUGCGAGGAGAGGGUGAAUUGGCAGCGGCACCAGCGGGCUAAGCAACACACCCAGCGUCGAUUCCCGAUGAGCCAGUCUCCGCCAGAGGAGGAUGAGGAGGUCAGCGAGACUCCAGAGGAAUCCAUGCCCGACCCCAGCACCAGCAAGGCUUCGACCAGGAGUCCGGAGGAGAGCGAGGAUGAGGAGGUGAUGGAGUUGGAUCUGUGCAGCCAGGAGCUACCAGCCGGCAGAGCGAAGGGAACGGCGUCUCCGGGGAGGCAGACGGAGACGCCGCUCGUCUCGGCCGUGGGCGUGAACCCGGCGGACAGGGACGGGCGGCGCUGGGCUCCCGUGGUCCAGCCGCUCGUACACACGGGCACCCAGACCGGCGUCGGCAGCGGUAUUGGCGGCACGAGCGGUAGCUCGGCCCGGGGAGGCAGCACCGAGCUCCUGUCCCGUGACGCGGUGGUCCAGACCGAAGACGCUCACGGCAAGCCCCAGAUGCGCUCCAGGAGCACGUCCUACCACGCGGGCCGGGGGCCGGGGGAUCGGGACACGGAGUCGCUGCACAGCCAGCCUCUGAUCGUCGCUGUUCCCUCUUCCCCACCGUCCCCGUCCCCGUUGCUUCCCCAGGGGGAGGAGGACACGGAGCUGCCGCCGUUGCCCGGGGGCCGGCACCUUCACCGGCGGGUGCGGACCAUCAGGGAGGUGCGGACCGUGGUGACCCGGCUCAUCACCGACGUCUUCUAUGUGGACGGCAAGGAAGUGGAGCGCAAGGUGUCUGAGGAGCGUGAGGGUCCAGUGCGUGAGGAGCAGGAGUUUGAGGGUGAGGUGUCUCCGUCGCGAGCUGCCGGUUCCCUGUCGUCGGGAGACCUGGCGGACGUGAGCUCGAUGUCGUCCAAGGCCUGCAGCUUGCUGCGUGUCUCCAGCAGCCUGUCCUCACUGGCCCACAGCAGCGGCGGCAGUGGCAGCAGCGGCAACGCAGGGGCAACCGUGCAGCAGGAGCGCAGCCGGGUCACUGGCGCGGCGAGGGGCAGGAACGGAGGCCCCGACCCACGAGAGUUCGCCAUGCCCGUGGGCAGAGGCUCGCAGAGCAAACUCAGUCCUCGGAGGGUCGGGCCCCACAACUGGUCGCCAAUCAAGCACCCGCUCACCGGCGUUGCGGAGAGCGAUGAGGCUUCGCUGACCACCAGGCCGUUGCCGAGAAGCCCAGCUCCCCGAGGCAGGGGCAAGAGGGGGCGGCCUCCGAUCAGAGCCUCCCUCGGGAGGGAGAUGAUGCCCCCUCUACCACGUGCCCGUGCAGAUGACUGUUCCACCACCCCCUCCCCAGACGAGGACCGCUUCACCCGCAUUGCUGCCCGCCCCCCCGACCGUGCCCCCCUCGGGGCCCCCCCGCCCCGCCCGGCCUCGCCCGAGCUGGCCCCCCCACCCGCAUCGCCGCCCCUCCCGGACCCCCGGACCCCGGCCCCGGCACCAGCGGCGGCGGCCAGCAGCUUCGUGGGUCUGCGCGUGGUGGCCAAGUGGUCGUCCAACGGCUACUUCUACUCGGGGACCAUCACCAGGGACUCGGGCGACGGCAAGUACAAGGUCCUGUUCGACGACGGGUACGAGUGCGAGGUCAUGGGCAAGGACAUCCUGCUGUGUGACCCCAUCCCCGUGCAGACCGAGGUCACAGCGCUCUCUGAUGACGAGUACUUCAGCGCAGGGAUAGUCCGGGCCCAUCGGAAGGAGCCAGACGAGUUCUUCUACUGCAUCGAGAAGGACGGCGUGCAGAAGUG